ACCCAUAAGAAGCAUUUAAAACUGCAUGUCACUGCCGAUGUGUCGUUCUCUUGGAACGCCUCCCGAUUUCGUGAUCUCUCCCAGAGGGAAACGUGGAUGGCAUGGCUUCCUUACCUUGCGGCUACGUACCAUGGUAUACGCAACUUUACCUCACAAAGGUUGCUCUCGUGAUUUUUGUCAUGGCGCUUCCGGUAACUGCUAACAAAAUGGACACUCAUUUGAACCAAGCCGGUUGUGGCGAAUUGGGGUCAAACGGAAGGAUAUACAACGGCAAGCCAAUCUCUAUAGCGAACAUACCGUGGAUGGUUCAACUUAAUAUCGUAUUUAAUCUUUCGUCGUUGACUUUAUCCUCAUGUGGCGGGAGCAUCAUUACAAGGAACCUUAUUCUGACUGCGUCGCACUGCUUGUUUGAACAGGGUGCCUAUGCGCUAAAAGUCGAUGUGUUGUACGGCUCCAACCUGUUUGACAAGGGUAAAGAAGUUCCAGUUCAAAAGAUGAUGCUGCACCCAAAAUUCGUAAGCAAGUUAGCGGCUCUGCAUGACGUCGCACUUCUGAAACUGGCAGUGGACCUGGAGUUCAACAGACAGGUUAAACCAGUGUGCCUGCCUACAGCAAAAAUGGACCUUGCAGGCAAAACUCUUGUAGUUGCUGGCUGGGGAACAACAGAAUCUGGACACAGUAGCGAAAUUCUUCGGCAAGCAGAAGUUGUUGCUCACACAGAUGAUGAGUGCCAAGCAAUACUACGAACAUCUCAAAAUCCCUACAUGGAACGCCCCAUCCAUCCUGGUCCCGCAAUUUGUGUUUUGGUUCAAAACAAGGGCACCUGUAAGGGGGACUCAGGUGGACCGCUAACGCUGAUGAACGACAAUGGAAGAACACUGCAAGUCGGAAUUGUUGCGUUUGGUCCAACGUGCCCAGUCGAAGCUGUGGCAGUGUACACGAGUGUUUCCAGCCACUACAAAUGGAUUCGAAGAGCCCUGUACCGCCCCAGAAAGUGGAGAAAGCUCGAGUAUACCGGGGGGAAUAUAACAUCGGCUAGGCGAAAUGAGGCUGUUCCAUUGUAACAGUGUCGAAAAUUCCACUUGGAAUCGUCGGCUGAUUGGUCAGUUACGUUGAAAAGAGCAGCGCUAAAGACGCCGAUGAUACAAUCCCGCUCCCCCUCCCCACUCCUUGAACAAAAGCAGAAAACAAAAAAGACGAGAGAAAGAAAAGGAGAGGCAAUGCUGAAACCCAGUUCAUCAAUAAAGUUGCUUAUUCCACGCGGC